CUGUGAUGGGCUUCAGUGAGGGAAAUCACGGGAAGGUGCAUCACACUAAACGCCGUUUAAUGAACAAACCCAGCUGCUAAGAUCUGAAAGUCCAUCAGAAGCUGGCUGGCAAGACAUGGCCGAAGCUGAGGAUGAGAGCAGGAACAGCAGCCUGCGGAGAAAGAAACCACCCUGGCUCAGACUGGACAUCCCCAUCGCCCCAAACCCUGUGGAGGAACGUAAUAACAUUCUCCAGCCCGUCAUGCGUAACAGUUUGUACCUCCGGAGUGCCAGCGUCCCUACUGAAAACAUGCAGCUCAGAUGCCCCCCUGUCGAUCCCAACGCCUGCCGCAGACCCUCAGUCCUGCGCAAACCCUCCAUCUCCCAGACCAUCAAGAGGGGCACAGCAGACUGGUUUGGGGUCAGCAAUGAUGUGGAUACCACCCAGAAAUGGCAGCGGAAGAGUCUGCGGCACUGUACCCAGCGCUAUGGCAAACUGAAGCCUCAAGUGAUACGCGAAAUGGACCUGCCUAGUCAAGACAAUCUCUCCAUGACCAGUACAGAGACCCCUCCUCCUCUAUACCUCCCCCCGGCACAGCAUGGCAUGCAGAGGAUAGUAGACCCGCUGGCUCGGGGUCGAGCGUUUCGUAAUGUAGAGGAAGUUGAUGGUCUGAGUAUACCUCAGACCCCCAUCACCCCCUGCGCCGCUUCCCUGUGCUCCUUCACCAGUUCCCGCUCUGGCUUCAACCGACCUCCCCGCAGACGAAAGCGUGAGUCUGUUGCCAAAAUGGGCUUCAGAGCGGCCGCUGCUCUGGUAAAGGGACGUUCUCUGCGAGAUGGGACUGUUCGGCAAGUACAUCGGCGGAGUUUCGCCACAGCCAGCUUCCUGGAUGAGGACACUGUGGAUUUCCCAGAUGAACUGGACACCUCCUUCUUUGCCAAGGAUGGGUUUGUGCAUGAAGAGCUGUCCACAUACGCAGACGAGGUGUUUGAGUCGCCUUCUGAAGCUGCCAUUAAAGAAACAGAUGCGAGUAGAGCUGAAGACGAGAGUGAGUUAACAGGCAGUGCCCUAGAGAAGACAGAACUCGAGCGGAGCCAUCUUUUGCUUCCUCUUGAGAGGGGAUGGCGUAAGGGAAAGGAUGGUGCUCUCAUUCAGCCUAAAGUGCGAUUACGGCAGGAAGUGGUGAGUGCGGGUGGUCAGCGGCGGGGACAGCGCAUUACUGUGCCUGUUAAGAAACUAUUUGCCAAGGAGAAGCGUCCUUAUGGGCUUGGCAUGGUGGGCCGACUGACCAACCGCACAUACCGCAAACGCAUUGACAGCUACGUGAAGAAACAAAUAGAAGACAUGAAUGACCACAGGCCUUUUUUUACUUACUGGAUGACCUUUGUGCAUUUAUUGAUUACCAUCUUGGCAGUUUCCAUCUAUGGGAUUGCACCUGUGGGCUAUUCACAACAUGAGACAGUUGAUUCUGUCUUACGAAACAAAGGUGUUUAUGAAAAUGUCAAAUUCAUGCAGCAGGAAAAUUUCUGGGUUGGUCCAAGCUCGGAGGCGCUGAUUCACCUCGGGGCUAAGUUCUCACCCUGCAUGCGUCAAGAUCAGGACGUGCACCAGCUCAUACAGGAGAAGAAGAACAGUGAGCGGCACUCGGCCUGCUGCGUCCGUAAUGACAAGUCAGGCUGCGUGCAGACCUCUCAGGAGGAGUGCUCGAGUACACUGGCAUUAUGGGUAAAGUGGCCUCAGCACCCAAGCGCUCCAUAUCUAGAGGGGAAAGUACGUCAGUAUGGCUCUGUCUGCCAUCAAGACCCCAGGAUUUGCCUGGAGCCUGCCUCAGUUACUCCUCAUGAGUGGCCUGAUGACAUCUCUAAGUGGCCAGUAUGCACCAGGUACAGCACAGGGAACCACACUAACCUGCCACACAUUGAUUGUGUCAUCACUGGCAGACCCUGCUGCAUCGGGACCAAAGGAAGGUGCGAGAUUACAUCAAGAGAGUACUGUAACUUUAUGAAGGGAUACUUCCACGAGGAGGCUACACUGUGUUCUCAGGUUCAUUGCAUGGAUGAUGUGUGUGGCCUCUUGCCUUUCCUGAACCCAGAGAUCCCCGACCAGUUCUAUCGGCUCUGGCUCUCUCUCUUCCUGCACGCUGGGAUACUGCACUGCCUGGUGUCUGUGUGCUUCCAGAUGACCAUUCUGAGGGAUUUGGAGAAGCUAGCGGGCUGGCUGAGAAUCUCCAUUAUCUAUAUCCUCAGUGGGAUUACUGGCAACCUGGCCAGUGCCAUCUUCUUACCGUACAGAGCAGAGGUGGGUCCGGCUGGUUCUCAAUUUGGCAUCUUGGCCUGUCUGUUUGUGGAGCUGUUCCAGAGCUGGCAGAUCUUGGCACGGCCAUGGAGGGCCUUCUUCAAGCUCUCAUGCAUAGUGCUGUUCCUCUUCGCCUUCGGCCUUCUGCCCUGGAUAGAUAAUUUCGCCCACAUCUGUGGCUUUGUCUCAGGCUUCUUCCUUUCCUUCGCCUUCCUGCCCUACAUCAGCUUCGGCCAAGUGGACAUGUACCGCAAACGUUUGCAGAUCCUAGUUGCACUUGCUCUGUUCCUCGGCAUCUUCUCCGGGUUUGUUGUACUCUUUUACAUUUACCCCGUCAAGUGUGAGUGGUGUGAGCUUCUCACCUGCAUCCCGCUGACAGACAAGUUCUGUGAGAAAUACGACCUCAAUGCUCACCUCCACUGAGGCCUUGCAGAAGAAGGGCUAGAACAGAGGGAAGCUGGAUGCCAGCUUCAUCUUUCUGGAGGCCUGAAAUGAUUUGAUUACAGACUCUUUGGCUUAAAACAUACAAUAUUUUUAUAUAAUGUACUUUCUAAAGAAGGUUUUAUUGUUGUUAAUUUCUCCAGCUCAGAGAAGAGCCCGCCCCAGGAGGGAAAAAUAAUAAUAAUACUGCCAAUCGUGCCUUUUCACUCCUGUGUGUAGUGCAACUAGAGUGGUAAUGUUUGGUAGUGUUUUAGCUACCUGAUCACAUAUAACAAAAUACAAUGUGACAAAAUCACUAAGUCUGCCUUCAUCUUUUUGUUCCUUAAAAAAAUGGGAUAUUUUGAGUUUAUUUCCCAUAGGGACAAUACAAAAAAUCAUAAAAAUUUAAGUUAAAAAAAAAAUAAAAAACGAUGCUCAUUUGCAUCACAAAAAGUACUUUAAAGCACUGCACCCAACUCAAAUAGGAAGCAGCAUAAUUAUGCUUUUUUAUAGGGGAGAAUCACAUGUGUACUUUGUGGAAAAAGCUAUCCCAUAGUGACUUGCAAUAAGCUAAUUUCUAUGCUAAAAUUAAUUUGAUACUAAAAUGCUAAAAACCAAGUACAAAAAGUCAAACAAAAACAGUUAACUUUUUUUUUUUUACUAUUAUUUAAUUUUAUUUAACUAUUAUCUAAUAGUUAAACCAUGUAGGAGAGCGCAUAAAUAGAAAACAUACA